CAUGGUUCGCUCUUUCGGUUCGAUUGAACUUAUUCCGAACGAUUCGAUUCAACUCCAAUCUAUAUUAUUUCAUUUUCGCAACAUGUCCUUUAAGCCAAUUGAUCCGAAACGCGAUGAGAUUCGUCGCUAUCUGGAACGCGGAAGCGUUCUCGAUUCACUUACAAAAAUAUUUAUACGUGUAAUUAAGGAGCGCCCAGAAAACCCAAUGGAGUAUAUACAAAACAACAUUGGCGUGGUGCGGCAUCAGCACGAUAAAUAUGAACGCCUAUCACAGGAUCUACAGGAGGCGAACGAAGAAAUCCAGCGUUUGCGUGCCAUUAUAAAUAGCAUUAAUCCAGAGGUGCUGCAGGGACAGGGUCAGCACGCUGCCGGCGAAUCCGAUUCCGAGCCAGUGACAGUUGCCGUGCAAGUUGAGGACUCUUUCGAGUCGGAGAUCACGCCAGAAGUCAAACCGGCUCUAUCUGAAGGAAACAAAGUAGAAAAUGCAGCUGUUGACAAAGCCGAUAAAGAGUUAAGCGCCGCCUUAGACAAUUGCCACAUUGAAGAAAACAACAUGGCUGCUGGCAACACGAUCGAUAAUACAAAGCAUAGCAUAUCCGUCCAAGCUGAACCCGGCCACACUGAUAAUACCGAGUGAAUCAUUAUACUAACUGGCUAAGCUGACUUAAAGCAUACCAUUAGAAUGGAUUCUCGUAGAAAUGUUACCAGUUUGUAAGACUAAGAAGUGUUUUAAGGUAUUUUCCUAAAUAUUAAUAAAACGUGUAUGAAGGCACGCAAAUUCCUUAAAUGGCUUCAAGUAUUUGAUAACUAUAGGCAUAUGAAUGUCGCAUUAGUGGGUUUUUUAAAUAUUUAUUGAAAUCAAUUUUAUAAUUCAUACACGUGGUAUAUCAUUUGCUUAUUAAUACAAAGGAUUAUUGAUAAGACAUAUUAAUAAUAGUAAGUUAUUUGUUUUGUUUUUUUAUCUCUUUUUUUUUUUAAACACAUCUUAAAAAUGAUAAACAUGAAAAAAAUAAAAUUGUACAUGUAAGCAUGGAUCGAAUUACAA